GGGAGAGAGACAGAUGUCGUCCUCUUCCCUCGAAAACUGUUUAAGAGAGAGAGAGAGAGGGCUUUAGACAGAGAACGGAGAGAAAAAGCUUUGAGGGGGGAAAAGAAACAGAAAGCUUUGAGGGGGAGAGAGAGAGAGAGAGAGAGAAAGCUUUGAAGGGGUAGAGAGAGAGAAGGAACUUAUAAUGGGAAACCAAAAGCAAAAAUGGACGGCGGAGGAGGAAGAAGGCCUACUGGCCGGAGUUGCAAAGCACGGCCCGGGCAAGUGGAAGAACAUUCUCAAAGAUCCCGAAUUUUCCUCUGUCCUAAUACACCGCUCCAAUAUCGACCUCAAGGAUAAGUGGAGGAACUUGAGUGUUAGUACUUCUGGACAUGGUUCUAAGGACAGACAAAGGGGUACAAAGGUAAAAAAUAGUGUGGCUGCCCAGCACCUUGUUCAGAACUCUGCUCCUAUUGCUUCAGUUCGUCCCAAUGCAUCUCCUGCUUCAGCUCCUCCCAAUUCAUCUCCCGCUUCAGUUCGUCCCAGUGCAUCUCCUGCUUCAGUUCGUCCCAGUGCAUCUCCUGCUUCAGUUUGUCCCAAUGCAUCUCCUGACGCCAUGAUGGACGAUGCGGUUAAUAGCGCACCAGAAUUGAAAAGUGCUUCACAGUACGAUCCAAUGAUUUUCCAGGCCCUUUCAACGAUGAAAGAUAUGAAUGGAUCUGAUUUAGGUGCCAUUCUUAACUUUAUUGAGCAAAGGCAUGAGGUACCUGUACCACUAAAUUUCAGAAGGUUAUUGGGUCCAAGGUUGAGAAGGCUUGUUUCACAAGGAAAACUGGAAAAGGUGCAAAAUGGCUACAAGUUAAAAAAAGAUGCAACAUUUGGAACAAAAACACCUACACCUACGCGAAAUCAAAGGGAUGUUAGGCCCCGGAAAUUGCAGAAUUCUGGGUCAAUGACAUUUACUGAAACAGUGCAGGAUGCAGCUGAAACUGCUGCCCAUAAACUUGCAGACGCUGAAGACAAGUCCUUUGUGGCUUCUGUAGCAAUGAAGGAAGCAGACAGGAUUUCAAAGAUGACAGAAGAUAACGAGUCAAUUUUACAGCUAAUUGAAGAGAUUUAUGAACGAUGUUCACAUGGUGAAGUUGUCGCCUUGGCGUAGGUCAUCAACUCGAGCUAGCUAACAGUCCAAGUUAUCAGCGAGCUUCCCGUUGAGGAGUUGGUGGGCGGCUCCAUGCAGCAACUGCUGCUGCUGCUCAAAAUGGGGAAGCUCCUUGGAGUUUCCCGUCAGGUGGUGGGCAGCUCCACGCAGCAACUGCUGCUGCUGCACAAAAUGGGGAAGCUCUUUGGAGUUUCCCAUCGAACAGGUGGUGGGCGGCUCCAAGGGGUUGCACAACAGCCCACCAUGCCUAGCAGGGACCUUAUAAAUAGAUUCUUCCACACAACUCAAGUGUAAUGAAUCACAUUAGGAAUCAAUUUAGGUGAAAGACCUAUCACCAAUAACAGCUUCACCUUGCGUUUUCUUUGCUUACAAAACUACCAAGUUGCUCCAUUUGCCAGCUUUCAUGAGAAGGAACAUGUUCAUGGAAAGGAGUGCAUUGCUGCCAAAAACACAUUGUGGAUUUAUUUAUUUAUUUUGUUUUAUUAAUAUCCAGAGACAUUUCUUCUAUUUAACCAAGCAAGCCCGUUCAUCAACAUGAAGAAAAAAAAAGUCAGGUUAUUAUUAUACCUCCAUCUUCACCACAAGUUCUUUGGCUUUUGGAGCAGAGACAACUGCAUGCCGAGCACAUGGGUUAAUGAAAUCUUCAACGCCAGCAGAGAAAAAAAUCUCACACAAAAAAUAUGAUGGUUUAGGGUGUGGU